AUGGCUACUCGAGCUGAGCAUCUCCCUGCACUUCCACUGGAACCACUCCCAGAGAUUCCAUCUGGUCUUCGUAUCGCUUAUGCCCAGCACCUCCUCAACAAGCACCUUCGCAAGCUGCGCGCCAAGCUCAAUGAAGAUGUAGAAUUCUCUGAGCCACUGCCCCAGAAAAAGUUCUCUCAUUCAGCCCCAUCUGAUGGGGACCCUCUAUCGGAAAUGCCCGAGUACAAAGGCCGUGUCGCAAUUGUCGGCGCUGGUGCUACGGGCCUGUACCUUGCCAUGAUGCUCAAGUAUCUCAAGAUUAACAAUGUGGAUAUCUAUGAAGCCUCUGAUCGAAUUGGUGGUCGAUGUUACACCUACAACUUCCCCGACGAGAAGGACUCUCCUCACAACUACUAUGAUAUCGGAGCGAUGCGCAUUCCGGAAAUCCCAGCCAUGCAAUCCACCCUGAAUCUCAUCAAGGAACUGAAGCUUCCCAAGGAACCUUAUGUCCUCAACGCUGGUUGCGAGCCACAAAUGCAUUACUACUCAAACAACCCUGCUGAUGCUCCGAGUGGAAAGGCCUACGAAAAGAGAAUUGCCGAUAUCAUUGCUAAGCUUGGCCAAAACUGGAACGAAGAGUUUAAAGCUUUGAUCGACGGCGAUGAUGACAAUUACUCCACCAGAGCUUGGCUCAUGCACACAGAGCCCAAGUUGACCUACGAACAAACAGAAGAAGCCGAGUCUGCCGAGACGUCUACAGGCCUUUUUGAUCAGGCUUUCAUCGAGUCACUCUGUGACUACAGUGACUUUCAAGCUGCUAAUGGCAAGCCAUGGUGGCGUCUUGAGGGAGGCAUGUCCAUCGUCACCGACAAGAUGAACAAAUGCAUUGAAGACAAGAACUGGGUCCCUCACAAUCCCAUCUCCCUCAAGGUCAAGACCAGCACACCAGUGGUAGCCAUGUCAGAGAGUGAGUCAGGCGACAAGAUUGAGGUGACCCUAGCUGGCGCAAAGAAGCCCGAAAGCUACGACAUGGUGUUCAACACAACCGCAAUGGGCCCUCUACAGCGCAUGGACAUCUCAGGACUCGUCCCCAGUUUUGGACUCCCUGAUUACCAGAAGAAGAUCCUCACUGGUAUCCGCGCUCUCAGCUAUGAUCGUGCCUGCAAAGUGGCCAUCAAGUUCAAGACGCGCUGGUGGAAGGGCAUGUACAAGUCUUCCACGACCAACGAAACCAUCGGUGGUGUAUCGGGCACUGAUCUCGCGGUCAGCAAUGUUGUUUACCCAUCUUGGGAUGACGGUGAUAAACCAGCUGUGCUCAUGGUUUCAUACAGCUGGGCACAAGACGCGACACGCAUGGGAGCUCUUAUCCCAGAUUACUCCAAGCAGGAUCCUUGUAUUGAUGAUACGGUGGUCACACAGUCAUUGCAGGACCUGGUCAAACUCUGGUCCAAGAGUGAUCCCAAAAUUACUGUCGACUUUCUCAGAAGCCAGUAUGUCACUCACCACGCUUACGCCUGGUCGCAUGACCCAUAUACCGGCGGCGCAUUCGCCCUCUUCGGACCAGGACAGUUCAAGUAUAUGUACCCAGAGUUCCAACACAUUCUUUGUGGAGGCAAAUUUGCCAUCUGCGGAGAGGCCUUGAGUCCCCAUCACGCUUGGAUUUCUGGAGCGCUCGACAGUGGAUAUCUGACCAUGGUCCGAUGGCUAGCCCAUCUCGGGGAUCAUAAGAGAGUCGACGCAUUGAAGAAGGCGUGGUUUGGUGCUGGAAAGGACGAACAUACUGCUGAGUAUGAUGAGGUUCUGAUGUACUGGUCGGUCAAGCUGAGUGAGAAGGUCACUGAGCAGUUGCGAUAA